AUGGGCAGAGGACCAUUCUCCGCAAGCUCCUUCAAGGCGAUUGAUGCGUUUGGAAAGACGCUCGAGGACGUCAAGAUUCGAACGCGCACGGGCGCAUUUCUGACGUUUCUCUCGAUUGGAAUCAUCUGCCUCCUCACGCUCAUUGAAUUUAUCGACUACCGCACGGUCUACUUGGACACAAACAUCGAGAUUAUGAAAGCUAGAGAUGAACGGCUCACAGUCAACAUGAACAUUACGUUCCCAAGAGUCCCGUGCUUCCUGCUGAGCUUGGACGCUACGGAUGUCAGUGGUGAACAUAUGCGAGAGGUCUCGCACAACAUUGUCAAGGUUCGCCUCGAUAGCGAGGGCAAGCCGUAUCCCAACCAGGACCACAUUAGCGAUUUGAGGAACGAAAUCUCGCGCGUCAAAGAUAUUGGAAAGCCCGGCUAUUGUGGAUCUUGUUAUGGUGGAUUGGAGCCAGAAGGCGGAUGCUGCAACACGUGCGAAGACGUUCGAAAGUCAUAUCUUGACCGUGGCUGGGCAUUCUCCGCACCGGAGCAUAUCGAGCAGUGUGUACGCGAAGGAUGGACAGAGAAGAUCAAAGUCCAGGCCAACGACGGCUGCCAAAUCUCUGGUCGUGUGCGCAUCAAAAAGGUUGCUUCAAGCCUCAUCUUUAGCUUUGGACGGAGCUUCCAAGCGAACAGCUUUCACGCGCAAGAGCUCGUGCCAUAUCUCAAGGACGGACUCAUCCAUGACUUUGGUCAUCACAUCGAGACACUCCAGUUCCAGAGCGACGACGAGUAUGACCCCAGACGUGCCAAUGAGGCAGCGCGGUUAAAGAAGCAUCUUGGCGUGCCCAAGGAUCCGCUCAACGGUUUUAAUUCGCACUAUGCCAAGUAUAGCGGUCGACGUGGCCCUGAUAUCACCACUUAUAUGUUCCAAUAUUUUAUCAAGGUUGUGAGCGCAGACUUUGAGACCUGGAUCACGAACACCUAUAGCUCUCAUACACGAAACGUCGGUGAGGCAUACCAUCUCAAGAACACCGAGGGCAUCGAGACCACUCACGGCUACGACGCUGCGCCUGGUCUCUUCAUCAACAUUGACGUCUCGCCGAUGCAAGUCAUCCACACCGAGAAGCGCAAACCGUUUGCCCACUUCCUCACGACGUUUUGCGCGAUCAUUGGUGGUGUCCUUACUGUCGCGUCUCUCGUCGACUCGGCUCUAUUCAACACAAUUAACAAGGACGAGGCGAACAGACGGUGA